AAGGAUUGAUAAAAUCAUCUCGAAUUGGAUUACAUAAUACUGGAAAGUGUUUAGAAAGUUGAUCUCUAAAGUAAAGUAAAUACACGUGUAGUCUCUUGUCUACACAAUCCAGCCAUUGGAAGAGAGAAAAGAAAAGGGGAGGCCAAAUGAGUAAAAGGAAGAAAGUGAGAAAUGACUUGGGAGUUAAAUAGGAUUGUGACAUAGCAACCAAAUGGGAGUAAUGAUGCCUGAGGAAUCCCAGACUGCAAGCAAUGCCCCUUUCCCACGGUUGGCAUAUCUGUCACCUGCAAAACUUCAUUUCCCUCCUUCCUUUUCCAUUGCUUCUGCCUCAAUUCUGCAUCUCUUCCUUCCUCUCCAUAACUUCACACCAUUCUUUGGUCUCUGGGGCUCUGCUCCAAUUGAAAGCUUCACAUUCUGCUUGAGGACUGGCAGACUCUAAUAGGAAUCCCUUCUUCCGGGUAAUAUUGGGCAUUUGGGGUAAGAAUUCAAUACAGCAUGAUUCACGUUUCUGUGUCUAUUUGUCACAUCCACAGACACAGAACAUUUACUCCAUCACACUUUUCUUUCCCCCCUGCCCUCCAUACCUGGGAGGGAGAGAUGGAGGGAAGGAGCAAAGAAGACGAGUAUGACGUGGCGGAGCAGAUAGGGAGGGGGAGAUUUGGAGCAGCGUUCCUCGUCGUUAACAAGCCGGAGAACAGGAGGUACGUGAUGAAGAAGAUCAAGCUGGCGAGACAGACUGAGAGGUUCAAGCAGACGGCGGUCCAGGAGAUGAACUUGAUUGCGGAGCUGAACCACCCGUACAUUGUCGAGUACAAGGACUCCUGGGUCGGGAAGGAAUGCGUGUGUAUUGUGACAAAUUACUGUGAGGGUGGAGACAUGGAUCAGAUGAUAAGGAGAGCCAGAGGCACUUACUUCAGUGAAGAGAUGCUCUGCAAGUGGCUGACUCAACUUCUGCUAGCAUUGGACUAUCUCCACUCCAAUCGUGUUCUUCACAGAGACUUGAAAGUAGGCUUCUGAAUCCUUCUAUAAAGGCUGUAUAUUAUAAUUAAGAUGAUUCUGCAAUAAUGUUUGUGGUGUUAAAUUCUGGUGUCAGUGCUCCAACAUAUUCCUUUCCAAAAGCAACGACAUCCGACUAGGUGACUUUGGACUGGCGAAAUUGCUUGGCAAAGAUGACCUUGCCUCCACAGUGGUAGGAACUCCAAAAUACAUGUGUCCAGAGCUUCUUGCAGAUAUACCCUACGGCUACAAAUCAGAUAUCUGGUCACUAGGCUGCAGUAUGUUUGAGAUAGCAGCACAUCAACCUCCAUUCAGAGCUCCUGAUAUGGCGGGACUAAUUCACAAGAUAAACCGUGGCUCCAUUUCUCCACUACCACCUUCAUACUCAUCUACACUGAAACAACUGAUCAAAUUUAUGCUAAGGAAGAGCCCAGAGCACCGGCCUACGGCGGCCGAGUUGUUGCGACACCCGCACUUGCAGCCAUAUGUUGCUCAAUGCCAAAACCCAUCUCCUGUCUUUCUCCCAGUAAAGUCUGAGCAUGGCACCACCAAGGAUAAUAGUAAUAAACCAAAGGCUGCUGCUAGGCCACCACCAUGUAAUAAUAACAGCAAGCAAGCUUUCCAGCAGAAACACAUUGAAUAUGUCUGCAAGAAGGUCUCUGAUCUGAUGAAGAACUACAAGCCAACAUUCGAAGAUACCAAACCAAAAGACUGCAUUAAGAAUAUAACAGCACCUCCAACUGACAGGAUGACAGACAAAGCUUCUCCAGCAGCUGCAACACAUACAAGAAAAGAGAGCACUCAAGAAUCACACACCAACUCCAGCGAUGCUCCAUCCCGACAAAGCAGCUCGGCAAGCUUAAUGCAGGGAGAAGAGUUCAGGACUGAAUGGGAUGAUGCUCAGAGCACCCAAAGAGCUGAAGCACUGGAAUCAUUGUUAGAGAUCUGUGCAAGCCUGCUCAGACGUGAACGGUUCGAGGAACUAGAAGGUGUGCUGAAACCCUUUGGCGAAGAAGCUGUGUCGUCCAGAGAAACAGCAAUUUGGCUAACAAAAAGUCUCAUGAAAGUACAUAAGAAAAGAAAUGGGAAAACUUGAUUUACAUCCGGAGCAAAGUAGUGGACUUUUAUUGACAUCAAAGUCAUCCAUUCAUUGUCUUUCCUUCUAUUUAUCUAAAUUCAAUCACAACAGUUUUCCAAUGGAAUCAUAGUCAAUUUCUCAUCACAAAAUUGAAGUAUCAAUGCUCAAAUCAACUUGCAGUAACAACACAACAAUUGAAGUAAACUAUGGCUAUGGAGCUGCUCCAUAAGAAUCAUUAAGUAUUCCCUCUUUUAUGUAUCUAACCUACAUCAACAAAAAUUCAACUCAUGUGGCUUGAUUAAUGGAGCUCUCCCAUCGAGGAUAAUCUAUAGUCAAUGAAUCAGAAUUUGGAGACAAACCCAAUUCGUCACUUCUUCUCAUCUGCCACUGCUAGUGCUGCUGCUGCUGCUCCUUCUUCUUUAUCUUCUUCCAGCUUCUUUUUGUUCUUCUCAAUCGCAGCAGCAACCUCCCCAGGCAUGUACUUCUCGUCGUGCUUGGCCAAAACCUCCGUCGCCGAGAAGUAAACAUCUAUACCCCUGGCCUUCUCUGAAACACUCUUGCCUCCCGUUUCCUUCCUCAACUCCUCCGUAAUCGGCCGCACGAAUCCUUCCACCACCACCGAAUGCCCCUCCCUGAACAAAUCCGGCAAAGCCCCUUUAUACCUCACCAGAAUAUCCGUAAUCAAAUCAGUGACCACGAACUCCAUCUCCGGCGACGACGCCGGCUGGACCACGCUGCCUUCCAGUACCAAUCCUCCCAAUCUGAACUUCGUCUUCUUCGGAUUCGCCUUGUUCUGCUCCAUCGCGUCGGUGGGAGUCACGUAGAACACCAUCUGGUCCUGGAAAUUGUUCAGGACGAUGACGAUGAACCCGGCCACGCAGCUGAACGCGAUCGCGUAGGUCCACAGCCGCCUGGUCUGCAUCUGGCGAGCUCGGGCUCCGAUGUCCACGGUCUUCGGACGCGCCGGGUGGCGGCGCGCCGUGGAGAAGAGCCGUAGACCUGAGAUCGAGGCGGAGUCGCCGUACGCCGCGCGGAGAUCUGAAAUUGGGGACAGAAUCAACCGCUCCGAUCUGGCGGCGGAGGCGAUCUGGCGAGUGGAGGAGAAGAAGAUGCUGGUGCAGGAGCCGGAAGCGGCGGUAGUUUUCGUGGAGCGGAGGAGCUGCGAUCUCAGUCGGAGGAGGACGGGGCGAGAGGCCAUCUUGCGACGGCAGUGGCGGCGGCGGCGAUUUCGAUUUGGUUGUGCGAAGAAAAUCGUUUCUAAAGGCGGGGGGGUUUUGCGGGGUUUAUUCCAUUAACGGCG